GUUCGUCACUUCCUCCUCCCUGUCCUUGCUGCGGCGCUGAGAGUCUCCAAAAAGUACACAUGGCUAAACUGAGUAAAGAAACUAAACAGCGGCUGCAGCAGUUGUUCCAAUGCGGCCAGUUUGUCAUCCGAUGGGGUUUCAUCCCUACUGUGCUCUACCUGGGAUUUAAGAGAGGAGCAGAUCCUGGAAUGCCUGAACACACAGUGCUGAGUUUACUUUGGGGUUGAAGAUCAUCGCUACACCAGAACACUUCUUAUGUUCCACUUUGUAAUUGUGAUAGUGACCAUGUGGAGUUUCAUAACCCUUCAGUGUGAUAAGACAGAAGCAAGAUACAUCUGUACAACACACUCUGGACGAAGGAUACAGACUGUGAUCAAUGUGUUUGGACUGUUUCUUUUUGGAAGACGUCAUUCCAUUCAUUCUUAUUUGUUAAUAUUGAUGAUAUAGGAUCUUUAGUCUAAGUUGUUUUGUUAAGACAUCAAAAUUGUAAUCGUGAACCUUAAGCAAUUUGCUGUUCAAAUAUGGAGGGCUAGAGAGAAUCAAAGACGUUUAUACUCAAAGAAACAUUAGAAACUAAAUUUGAAAUCCACAAAUGUUCAUGUAGAUUUAUGACCUGUAGUUAUAUUCAGCUUCCAUCUGACUUGCCAUACAACAUUGUGGGUACUUUAAUUUAGCUUAACAAUUUAAUAUUGUGAUUUGUGUCUAAUAAGAUUUUGUCAAAAGAAUAUUUACCUGCCCCCCUUCUCUCACUCCAUAAUAAAUAAUAAAUUGUUAAUUAAAUGCAA